AUGCGUGCGAACAAGAGAUGCAACAAAGCAAAGAAGAAGCAAAGCAAGUUCAUGAUAUGUAUAAGAACACCCAUUAGAAUUCUAAUCAAGGCUAUAGACUUUUACGAGAAAACCCUCCUUGAUUGUGCCGGAAAGACCAGUUGUGGGAGUGUGGUGUGUUCUGUCCCACAGCUUCUUCCCCAUUUGCCUCGAAACAACAACAACAACCACCAUGCCGGUUUGUCUAAUGAAAUCGAUAAUGAAGAUGUGAGGAGGCUUGUGAGAGUUGUGUCUAAGAGGCAUACGGGGCGUGAAGCAACGACGAAUAUUGAUCUGCAGCAGGAGGAGGGAGAGGUGGCGAAGGGGGGUAAUGAUGGUGUGGGAAGGAGUUAUGGUGUUGGGAUUGGAAAGAUUGGGAGGAUUGAUGAAGACAAGCCUUGUGAAUUUGAGGAGGAGGAAGAAGAUGAUGUUCUUGAGGGAAAGAAGACUGAUUUGUUGAAACCAAGAAGCAAAAGCUAUGGUGUUAGGAGGAGGAGGAACAUUGUAUAUUACUAG